AUGGCAUUGCCCUCAGACGUGCCGCGAGCAUCAACCGAAGAGAACGACGCGCUCUUGUCCCCGACGGAAUCGGCCCACCAUGCGCUGCCCCAAGCGACCAAGAAGCCAUGGGUGCUCCUCGUGGUCCUCAUCUUCGUCAUGAUCGCCUUCAUCGACGUAGGUGCCUACCUCGCCGAAGCGCCCAUGACGCGUCUCUACGAAGCGAACCUCUGCCUCAAAUACUAUCACGAACAAGACCCCUCAGUGAUACCUGGCCAUGGAAGCAUACCGGAGCAGCUAUGCAAGGUGGAUGUAGUGCAGCAGCGAUUAGCGAGCAUCUUCGGCUGGCAGGAGAUGUUUAGCGCGCUGCCGGGCAUUCUUCUAGCGGUGCCAUACGGUACUUGGGCUGACAAGGUGGGUAGAAAGUGGAUAUUCAUAGCGAGCUUGGUCGGAAUAGAGCUCGGCUUUGUCUGGGUGCUGUUGAUAUGUUACUUCAAGUCUCUCCCUCUUCAGUUGACAUGGCUCUCGAGCGCCUUCACCGUCAUCGGCGGCGGUCCAAUUGUCGCUAUGGCUAUCGGCAUCACCAUGAUCUCUGACAUAGCGCCCCCAGAACAGCGUACCACAAUUUUUCUCUAUCUCACAGCCUGCGUUCUUGUCGCGGAGAUGUUGGCACCCAUAAUGGCAGCGAGACUUAUGGAAAGCGGAAACUGGCUGCCUCUAUUGCUGUCGUUAGCCAUACAAAUUGUGGGUGUCGUCGUGGCCUUGUUCAUUCCGGAGACGCUGCAUCUCCGUGACCUGCCCGAGCCCAGGGAUAGCGACGACCAGAUCUUUGAGCUACACCCCAAGACCAGCGACUUUUCAGUGCGAGCACAAUUGCGCAACUUCCAGGCUGCAGUACAUUUCCUCAAGAGCGAUUGGACCUUGGCCAUGGUCGUCUUCACUUUUUUGGCCAACAGACUGGGCAGACAGUGUAUUUCACUCCUGGUUCGCUAUGCUUCGAAACGUUACAGCUGGGAGAUCAAGAAAGCCGCCUACUUGCUGUCAUUCCGCGCUGCUACCAACCUUGUGGCUGUCACCGUCUUGAUUCCUCUAGUCAAUUUUCUUCUUUUGAGGAAGCUGCAUCUCCCUGCACACUGGGCGGACCUGUGGAUUGCACGGGUAUCUAUAGUCGUUACCACCGUCGCCUUCUUCGUCAUGGGUAUCGCGGCGCACCCUUCUCUUCUCAUCGUCGGGCUCCUUCUUUACAACAUGGGUACAGGAUAUAACGCUGCUAUGCGAUCCGUGGCCAUACAUGUCGUUGGCGGUCAGUCGAGCCCAAAUAUCGGCAAACUCAUGAGCACCAUUGCGAUGGCUGAGAGCAUUGGCGCAAUGGUCGCUGGGCCACUGUUGAACGAGCUGUUUCAAUUGGGCAUAGGUGUUGGCGGUGCCUGGUUGGGUUUGCCAUUCUUGAGUUCUGUCGUAGUGUUCGCAUUCAUGACUGUUGUAACUUGGAUCAUCGAUGUGGGAGACAAGGAGCCCGCUUACUUACAAGUACGCACUGAGGACGAGGAAGAGCUUACCAGACACAGGGACGUGUUUUAG